AUGGCGACACUGCACACGGACCUUCUGUCGAACAACUACUCACGAUACAUACGUCCUGUACAAAACCAAGAUGACGCAAUAAGUGUAACAUCAAUUUUUUCAAUGCCGUAUUUUCGUGACUUCAACGCUGUCACCGGAACUUUCACUUUAAUGGCAUCUGUAUACGUCGGUUGGUUGGAUGCAAAAUUAAACUGGAAUCCUGCCAAUUAUGGGAAUAUUCAACUAUCUUAUUUUUCUGCGUCUCAGGUAUGGACUCCAAAUAUUGUCAUAGCAAGUAGCGUAGAAAGUGAUGCUCUCUCACCCACAUCUUCAGUAACCGUUACAAGUUCUGGGUAUUCUUUUGCUCUCUAUACUAAAAUAGUGACAUCAGCGUGUUCACCGGAUAUUACUUAUUACCCAUAUGAUGUUCACAGCUGCAAUGUUUCUUUGGCAUUGUGGGAACCAUUUACAGUUAUGGACUUGAAUCUCAGUCCCCAGGGGGAAUACUUUGACUUUACCGACAACUUAUUUUGGAUUGUAUCCAGAAAAGGGGAACGGAAGUAUAUUUCUAGCAACUACACUUCAGUUAUAGAUAUAACGUACUCAAUAGAACGGCGACCUACCUAUUUGAUAUAUACUAUCAUGCUUCCUGUUUGCCUGUUGAAUUUCGUUACCCUCCUGGCGUUUGUUCUGCCUGCAGAUUCCGGGGAAAGAGUGUCGUUCGCUACUACCAUGCUUUUAACCUUGACAAUGUACAUGACUAUAAUGUCGGACAGUAUCCCUAACACCAGUGACCCAGUGUCCAUUUUCACGGUUUCACUGAUGGUAAAACUCAUUAUCAGCGCCUUAAUAGUGUUGUCAGUAAUUAUAACUCUGUGUAUCUACCAUACCAGUGAGGAUAAACCCAUUCCUAAAUGGUUGCUUUUCUGCUGCAAACUGAAGCCAGGACAAGUGGAGGCAGAAAAGAAUGAGGUUGUUGAAAAUGUGUACAAAUCGCAGAACAUUGGGACGGUUGCUACCUGGCAAGCUAUAGGGAAACGUUUGGAUGUAGCUUUCUUUAUAUUGUUCUUUGUUUGUACUCUUACGGAGACUCUUGUAAAUGUAGUAAGAAUUACCUACCGUCUAUAA